CUACUAUAUAAUACGUACCAUAAUCGUUAUUAACCACAAAAUAUCUUGUGUAUUUCAACAAUAAAAAUUGUGCGAAUUUAGUUUUUGGAACAAAGGUCCGAAUCGUAUUAUUUAUCGAUUGAAAGAAUAAUUGUCGAAAUUAUAAACUUUUAAAAAUUGUGGAAUAUCGUUCCAGUAAAAUUCACUUGCAUUAAAACUAGUGAUAAAUACGAAUACUAAAUGGAUAGUAUUGCAGAAGCUUGUAAUCAAUUAAAAAAAGAGUAUGAUGGGUGCUUCAAAUUUUGGUUUGCUGAAAAAUUUCUAAAAGGAGAAUUGGACGAUUCAAUGUGUUCAAAUUAUUUCAAAUCGUACAACCAGUGUCUAAAGCAAGCAAUGAAGGAUCAAAAUAUAAACUUAGACGAAGUUGAUGUAUCACAUUUGACAGCAGACAAAGAGAAAGCGACGGAAGGUUGACUUUGAAUCUAAUAUAAUUUUUGUUCUUAUUUGUUUUGUUAUGAAAGA